CGUCCGAAGAAGGUGAAGUACGAUGAUUGGGACGACAAAGGCGACCUACUACGGCUACCCACUUGGGCUUACAAGUGGGAUGUGAUAAAUGAGACGACAGAUGAUCCCUCGGUCAUGUACAAGUUGUACCAGAGUGAGCUUGACGCGAUCACGCCUGAGCAGGUGAUAUGGGAGCCGUAUGGAACAGGAGAUAGUUUUGGUAACCCUUUAGAGUUCAGGCUGAAUCCGAUGUGCACUAGGGAUAGGGAUCUCUGGCGUAUGCGGUGCCCACUCAUAUGCAACUGGGCGGUUGAGCUUCACCUCCCACAUCGAGUGCGCCGUCAGUUUGGUUUGUUCCAGGCACAUCCGCCGGAGUGGGAGGACACAGACAAGUUGCUACACGCGUUGGAUAGGAAAAGGCAGCGGAAGAUUAAGGAUUGGGCCAAGCAUCACAGAAAGUAUGUCGUACAGUUUGCGCUUAGUGUGGAGCAAGCUAGGGCUGGAAAAGGAGUCCAGCUUCGUGAGCACUGCCCUGUAGCGUUCAACAACUAUCUCACAUGGUUUCUUGCAAGUACCCGUGUGGAGGUAUGCAAGCCGGCGUAUGCUGAGGAGAUUUUGGAAGAACCCACUGUUUUUGAUGAGGUAGCCCAACACCAGUACAACGCAUUAGUCAGGAAAGGCAACUCAGUGAUCCCUUCAGCUCCAAAUGAACUUUGUGGUAUUUGCCCUCUUUGCUUUUCAUUCACACUAUUCACAUCUUCGCUUGCCUAA